AUGGCAAUCAGCGCGGGCCGGGCCGCUUUCCGCCGCAUCGUCCCCGGGGCAGAGAGAGGGGCCGCGGUCGGAGCUGGAGCCGGGACUGGGACUGGGACUGGGACUGGGCUGCGGGCGGAGUACGACGCCGUGAUCAUCGGGGCAGGCCACAAUGGACUAACGGCGGCUGCGUACUUACAGAAGUCCGGAGUGAAAACGGCCGUGUUAGAGAGGAGGCAUGUCAUCGGAGGGGCUGCCGUCACGGAGGAGAUCAUUCCAGGUUUCAAGUUUUCGAGAGCAUCCUAUGUUCUGAGUUUACUGCGGCCACAGGUCAUCCAAGAGCUGGAGCUGAAGAAACAUGGGCUUAGGGUGCACAUCCGUGACCCGGCCUCCUACACCCCCAUGCUGGAGGAGGGAGUGGGGGGAAACCCACCUCGUUCGCUCCUGUUGGGCAGAGACAUGGAGGAGACCCAGAGGCAGAUCGCACAGUUCUCGCCCAAAGACGCGCAGGCCUACGCUGCUUACGAAGCCUUGACCAGUCGUAUAGCCGCAGCGAUCCAGCCUCUCCUGGACACGGCACCAGUGGACAUCCCCUCGCUGACCGACGGCUCCCUGAGACAGAGGGUCCGGGCACUGCGCACCGUGAAACCCCUCGUGCACGCAGGCUUGAGACUGGGGAAGGACAUUCCACAAUUCUACGAGCUGCUGACUGCCCCGAUCUCACGAAUUCUCAAUCGAUGGUUUGAAUCGGAACCGCUGAAGGCAACGUUGGCUACAGACGGUGUCAUCGGAGCGAUGAUCAGCCCACACGCCCCAGGGAGCGGCUACGUCCUGCUACACCACGUGAUGGGAGAACUGGAGGGCAUUAAAGGCGCCUGGGGGUACGUGGAAGGAGGGAUGGGCGCCCUCUCCAAUUCCAUCGCCCGUGCUGCCGUUGCCUACGGUGCCUCCAUCUUCACGGAGAAGCCAGUGCACUCCAUUCAGGUGGGCCAGUCUGGGACAGUUCAUGGAGUGGUGCUGCAGGAUGGGACAGAGAUUCGAAGCAAGGUGGUUUUAUCCAACGCCACCCCUCACGUGACCUUCCUACAGCUGACUCCCCAGAAGUCGCUGCCCGAAGAAUUCAUCAAGGAAAUGUCAUCCAUUGACUACACAUCGCCCGUCACGAAGAUCAACGUUGCCGUGGAUCGGUUGCCGAAUUUCCUGGCCAAGCCCAAGGGCCAGAAGCUGCCCCCUGCCCGUUACAUGGCUGGCACCAUUCACCUGAACUGUGAGGACACGGCCUACAUAACCGAGGCGUAUGAUGACGCUUGCCAAGGACAUCCUUCCACCAGGCCAAUGAUCGAGCUGUGCAUCCCGUCCAUCCUGGACUCCACCAUCGCCCCAGCGGACCAACACGUCAUCUCCAUCUUCACCCAGUACACCCCCUACCACCUCCGUGGAGGCAAGGAGUGGGACGAGGAGGCCAGGAACGCCUACGCCGAUCGAGUGUUUGACUGCAUGGAGCAGUACGCACCCGGUUUCAAGACCUCGGUGAUAGGACGUGACAUCCUCACCCCUCAGGACCUGGAGAAGGUGUUUGGUCUAACGGGCGGGAACAUCUUCCACGGGGCGAUGUCUCUCGACCGCCUGUACCUGGCGCGGCCGUCAGCCCUCGGCUCCGACUACAGGUCGCCGCUCGGGGGGCUGUACCUGUGUGGCAGCGGUGCCCACCCGGGUGGCGGGGUGAUGGGAUCAGCUGGUCGUAACGCAGCUCAGGUGGUCCUCUCUGACCUGAGAAGCUCUCGCCGGUCCCGCUGACUCUCCCCGGGAACCCGACUCUCCCCGGGACCCCGACUCACCUCCGCAAAAUAAUCAGCCACGCACUUUAAAAAUCACUGUUAUAUGAGCAAGCACUUUAUACAAUGAACAAGCACUCAGAAUAUUAUUGCACUGGAGACCAUUCGACCCAUCGAGUCUGUGUCAGCUCUCUUGAUUAAUUCCCAGUCUUGAUUUCUCCUUGAGGGGUCCUCGAGUCUGUGUCAUCCCUCUUCACUCCCCCUUUGCAAUCAGUUUCCACCCUCCUGCCAUGAAUUGCAUUCCAGCCGCAUAGAAGCCAGGACAGCCCGGAUGGGCUGAAUGGCCGUCUUCUAACCGGAGGGUCGAACGCGUUGUGCUGUCUUUAUUAAUAAGGCUCCGAAUUAAAAGUGGACAUUUGGAAAGAAUAAUUAGAAAUUUAAAUGAAGCUGGUAAACUUGC